GGACCAACUGUGUUGCCUGAGGAGCUCGGCUGGUUUAUCCUGGCCGGUUUGGGUGCUGUCUUCGCCUUCAUACCGACGUGCUUAAUCUGGCUUGACAGGCGCUUCGGUGGCUUCGGUCGCGAUUCGGAGAGCUUCUCUACAGCCGGUCGAAGCAUUAAGGCCGGUUUAACUGCUUGCGACAUCGUCGCCAAGUGGACAUGGGCGGCGACGUUGCUCCAGUCCACAAACGUGGCUUACUCGUUCGGCGUGUCGGGUCCUUUCUGGUACGCGGCAGGCGCCACCGUGCAAAUCCUCCUUUUCGCCAUCCUGGCUGUGGAAGUCAAGCGCAAGGCGCCCACCAUCCACACCUUUUUGGAGAUCAUUCGCUGCCGCUGGGGCACCACCGCUCACGUCAUCUUCACCGUAUACGGCUUCCUGACCAACAUCAUCGUCACGGCCAUGCUUAUCCUUGGUGGCGCAGCCGUGAUGGAGGCGCUGUCCGGCGUGUCGGUGUAUGCCGCGUCCUUCCUCAUCCCUGCCGGUGUGGUCAUCUACACCGCGGCCGGCGGACUCAAGGGCACGGUCGUGGCUGAGUGGCUCAACGUCUGCGUCAUUUACAUAGCCAUGUUGGUUUUCAUGUUCCAGGUGUACGCAACACACGAGGACCUUGGCUCCAUCGCCACCGUGUACAUACGGCUGCGGAUGGUGGAAAUUAAGCACCCAGUAGCCGACAACAUGGGCGGCUCGUACCUGACCAUGUUCUCCAAGAAGGGCAUUAUCUUCGGCAUCAUCAACAUCAUUGGCAACUUCGGCACGGUGUUCGUAGAUCAGUCGUACUGGCAGGGCGCCAUCGCCGCCAAGCCCUCCGCUACCUACCGCGGCUACCUGCUGGGCGGCCUGUGCUGGUUCGCCAUUCCCUUCACCUUCGCAACAACCAUGGGACUGGGCGCGAGGGCACUGGACCUGCCCGUCAGUCGCACUGAGGCUGACCGGGGUUUGGUUCCUGCUGCCCUUGCGGUGCACCUCAUGGGCAAGGGGGGAGCCUUCCUGAUGACCCUGCAAUUGUUCAUGGCCGUGACCGCCACCGCCUGCGCGGAGCAGAUGGCCGUCGCCACCAUUGUCGCGUACGAUAUUUACAAGCCGUACAUCAACCGAAAUGCUGAUGGCCGAACUAUGGUCAUGCUACAGCGGGUCAUGGUGGUGACCUAUGCGGUCAUCUCCGGUGUUGUGUCAGUCAUCCUGCUUAAGCUCAACGUCUCUCUUAACUGGGUUUAUCUCUUCAUGGGCAUCGUGAUUGGCUCGGCCGUGUUCCCCAUCGCUGCCUCUCUCACCUGGGCCAAGUGCUCUGCCAAAGCUGCUUGCAUCUCAGCCAUCGUCACCACCCCGCUCGCCAUCAUGACCUGGCUCAUUACCGCGGCCAAGCUCAACGAUGGCGUCAUCAACCUGGACACCACGGGCCAGGACUACCCCAUGCUCGCGGGCAAUCUCGUGGCGCUCUUCUUCUCAAUGAUUCUUUGCAUCAUCCUGUCGUACAUCUUCCCACAGGACUUCGACUGGGCUGAGCUGCGCAACAUCCCAGUCAUCGAGUCCGACCCCAACUCCGACCCCAACAACUUCGAGGGGGAAGACUCCCCCGAGGCGCUGAAUCGGGUAAUCCGCUUCACCUGGGCCACCGGCGGUAGCCUCACCCUCAUCUUGCUCGUCCUGUGGCCCAUCCUGGCGCUGCCUGCGGGUGUCUUCAGUGAGGCCUACUUUACUUUCUGGGUGAUGGUGGCUUUGGUGUGGGGCAUCGUGGCCUCCGCGGUAUGCAUCAUGCUGCCCGUCAUUGAGGCCAGCGAUGUGGUGGUGGCGGUGCUACGAGGCCGGCGCCUGUCCAGCAUCAGCAACAGCUCCCCGCAGCAUAGCAAGGAGACCACCGCGCACCUGGACCAGCCGACGUCCACACGCUUGCGGACGUGA